GGUCGUCACCGCGGGACGCGCAUUGGAUAGCAACGGGCAGCACACUGCGAUGUAACUGCGUGAACGAUGUGUUGCUGCUGUUGAAGAGUUCGGAUUUUGUUUCCCAUGACCUCUACCAACCAUACGAGGGUUGUGUGGACGUGAACGAGAAGGGCUACAGUCCCAGUGACUCACAUCCCAAACGGACAGAGGACAGGUCGAGUGGGCUAGUCAACACCUCUUACGAGCUGGUGCUACGGCGCUGGUACCAUCUGCAACCGGCAAUGGAGUUCCGGUGUUUCGUACGGGAUAACGAACUAAUUGGUAUAUCUCAGAGGCACCACGAUAUGUUCUUUGAGACUCUGCUGCCGAUCCAGGCGGAGCUGAAGGCACGCAUCGAAACGUUCUACGCAGAUAACAUACUUCUGAAGUUUCCUGAUCCCAGUUAUGUGUUUGACGUAUACCUUGGCCCUCGGACGGUUCGACUUAUUGAUUUCAAUCCGUUUGGACCCCUAACGGAUUCGCUCAUGUUCGAUUGGCAAGAGCUGAGUGAUCCCCACCGAGAAACACAAGACUCGACCGAGCUUCGGAUCAUAAUGGCACCCAAGGGCGUGCGUCAGUCGACUCUGUCCUAUGCACGGGUACCCAGAGAGAUAGUGGACAUGUCGGCUGAUGGGAAGAUGGAAGGGUUUACUGAGAUGUGUGAGGUUAUGAGGAAGAAGGAGCUGGAAGGUGGUGAUGCAGGCGAGAGCGAUAGUGAGGGGGCUAGUGAUGAGGGCGGGCCAGAUACUGAGGCAGAAAGAUGA